AUGCCCGCCUACCUUGGUCCCAACCCCUUUCUAGUAGCACAUCUCUUCGCCACGACCGUAAUCAACUCCAUCACCCUCUUCGCUCUUGGUGUUUUGUUCAUAAGAAACAUUUGGUGUCUCGUCGUCAACACAACAACGAUCGAGGGUUGGGAAAUAGAGCGCCACAAAACCCUCUUACGACGCGCUCGGCACUUCGGAGGCGUCCUGCAGAGUCCGGACGGAAGCAAAGUGCCCAUCAGGAGACAGGAGUUCCCGUACGACAUCGGCAUAUGGGAGAACAUCAAGCAGGGUAUGGGAUCCGGAAAUCCCCUUUCCUGGUUCAACCCUCUCGCCUCAAGCCCAUCCGUCGCCACAGGCCUGAAUUUCUCCACCAACGGCUUCGAAGACUCCUCCGUCUCCUGGCCUCCGCCAGACCCGGACCGCUCCUACCGUCGCCCACCCCCCUCAGCUGACACCUCAGGUUUCACAUACGUCGAGUCCACGCUCUCACCUCAAGACUCGCUCGCCGCCUUCCGCGAGCGCCAACUCGCCGACGCCGUACGCCGCCGUAAGCCAUUCGUUCAGCGCGUAGAAGCGCAGCUUGCUCGAGACAGAGACGGGGACGGCCUCGGAGACGCGUACGGCGAUGGUUUGAGCGAGGGCGAGAUGAGUGACUCAGACGAUGUGCAAGGGGGAGGCAAGCCAGGGGACGCAGACGGCGAGGGCGAGGAAGCGUGGCGCAAUUCCGAGGGCGAGAGACUAAAGGACUUUGGCGUGGACGAGGACGUCGAAUUCUACGAUGAGCAGGAGGACGACGACGUACCCUUGGGCGAGCUGCUGGCGCGCAAGAGGGCCGCUUUGGGAACGGCGAAUCCAUGA